AUGAGGAAUUGUCUAAUGAGUGGAAAAGAGGAAGGAGAAUUAGUUUUUGAAGGUGUUUAGAGUGUUUUUAGUUUGAUUUGUAAUGUUUUUGGUUUUCCUUGGGAUAGUAUCUUCCUAUAUAUUCAAGUUUCUUUAAUUAUUAAUCGAUUGGGCACCAAAGAAAUGAAAUCAAGACCAAGACAGAUCGAUCCAACAAAACCAGUACUGAUCUCUAACAGUUUAGAAGCAUUCACUAAUGCAGAAGGACAAGAAGCAGACAUAAAAAAUACAGAAUAAAUCAUUACUCCUGAUCAACUCUUAAAAGAAAAGUAAAUUGCACACAUUCAAUCAAUUACUUAUAAGGAGCAAGUAUAACAUUUUCAUACUACUUGAUUGUUGUUUAUAACAACUUGCUUCUCUAUACCCGCCAUAUUUAUUUUUAUAUUAUACUCAUUAUUAUUUAGACCUAAAUAAUUUGAGGAGCCCACAUUAAAAUCACAACUUCCUGCUAAAUGUCGUGAAGAUUACAUCUCAUACAAGGCUCCUGUAUAUCCAGAUGGCACAGCUUAUGAAUUAACUGAAGAGGAUAUUCAUUUCCUAUCAACAAUCAAUGAAAAACUAUAACAUCCUGUUCAUAUUGAAGACUUUGAAUAAUAUUUAGCACUUCUUGACUAAAAAAGUGGAAAAGAUGUAGAAAUUGACUUUACAGAAUUUCUUAAGUUAAAAUUACCCUUACCCAAGACCAUUAAUAUAUAAAUGUAAUCUACUUAGGAAUUAUUAUAUGCCUACUUUAAAAAAUAGAGAUAACAUUUUUCUCGCUCUCUAACCAGAUAUCUUAUGCAUCCCUAUUAUGAAGACAACAAUCCUCAUCUAGCCUUUCGUCCUCGUUCAUAACCUAUGGAUAGAACUAUGAAAUUAAGACGAGGCAAUCUUUAAAACACAAGAGGUGUAAUAGAAAUGGAGAAUGUAGGAUAGAAGAUUGUUAUGUUAAAGAAAGAUCUAUUAAUGGUUUCAAAUUUGAUUGAUUAAAGUUUAUAAAGAGAAAAGGCUAUGGAAAUUGAUAGAAGAUUUAAUUUUUGUAAAUUUAUCAAAGAAUUUUUGGAUUAAUCUAAAAGGGAAAAAGAUAAUAAUUCAGAAAUUAAAUAAUGGCCUAAAGAUUGUUUUGUUAGAGAUUGUUCUGAAAAAUGCUCUAUUAAUAUAGUAGAAAAGUCUGAAGAGAUGUUUGAUCAUAUUACAAAAGAAAUUUUACAUUGGAAAGAGUAGAAUGAAAUUUAAAAAAGAGAUAAAUUAAAAAAAGAAGAUUAAAUUGUUAGAUAUGAAAAAUAAAUUGAAGAUUUAAUUAUAGAAAAACAAAAAUAUGAAGAAAAACCUAUUGUAUAACCACCACCACCUAUUGUAUAACCACCUAUUGUUCCACCACCUAUUCCUGUGAUUCCUCAAGAACCUCCUGAUGAAAAAUCUGAAAGUGUUGCUAGAUUUUUGGCUACUUUAUAUUUAGAGGCUAGAAAAUAUUAAUUAACUUUUGAUUAGGUUCUAUCUGAUUCAUUUCCAAUUUAUAAAAUACAACAUCAAUAGCAACCACUCAAUUCUAAAAGUAUUUUCCCUUUUUCAUUGAUGCAAAUUGAAGGAAAUGAUUUAGUCUAUAAAGUUAAAAAAGAUAAUUGUUUGGAGAAAAAUGAUAAAGCUUAUUGGGAAAAUUACACAGAUCCAUCAUUAUCAAAUACAUUAUAUUAUUAGAAUGACUAUUUUAAAUAAAAAGUUAAUGAUAUCAUGGAAAUGGCUGAUAUGGAUUAAAUGGUUUAUGCUUAAGGUUAAGAUGAUGAUAAACAAGAUGAAGAUGAUAAAUUAUUCAAAAAGAAAGUAAAAGGAAGUACAACUAGACUAACUGGUUCUAAUGGAGGAUAAAUUAAAUGA